AUGCAAAAUUGGAUAAAAAAAUUUCAACAAUAUCGAUCAGAUGUUAGAUAUGAAGGUGCUGCAAAAGAAGUUGAUAAUCCAUCUGAAUUAGAAGUUCAAUUAUGUGAGCACUUUACUGUUGUUGAAAAAGAAGAUGAAUCAUCAUAUUCAGUAUCUUCAUUGUUAUAUGAAAUAAAUAGAUUUGAUGCAUUAAUGUUUGAAGAAAUAGAAGCUAUUUUAAGUUAUGAAGCUAUGUUUAAAGACAUUCCUAAUAGAUUAUUAUGUUGA